CAAGCUUAAAUUGUAUACUUCUAUACCUGCUAUACAACAACGAUCACUAUCUGGAUCAUGCCAACAUACAUCUCUUCUUUCGUCACGCCUUAGUAUAUACACAUACUCAAUUGUACCAUGUACAAGGGUAUUCUUCCAUUGCGAUAUAAAUUAUAAAUGCCCGCCUAAUACUAUCAACAUGAUACCUUUUCAUCUCCCCUUACUUCUUCUAAUAGGGGUCCUCGUCUCCUACGUAAACGCAGCCUCUGCGCCGACGUUCUGUAAAUGUACCUGCUUCAAGAACAGCACCUUGAUCCAACUCGGUCCACAAGGUGAUUCCUCUGCCUCCUUUAGUAAUUCGGCUCCUCCCGAGUCUGGUCACUCGUUACGUUCGCUACCCCUCCAAGAUCGAGCCGCCUCCGCUUCUUGUACACAAUGCACUCGAGCGUUUUGCCUUUCCCAACAUCUCCCUAUCUGCAAAGAUGCAGAGGAGAACGACGUCGUGGCCAUGUGCUUCCAGCGCGAUAGUCGCAAGGAUCAAAUUAUCGUCUGGGGUUUCAUUCUAGGUACCACAGGUUUAUUAGGUUGGGCUGCUGCUAAGAGGGUUAUCGAGAUGCGCGAAGGCAAGAAGAUAUCCGCGCUGGGAUUGGGUAGUGCAACGAGUAGACGAGGAGGAGUUCCACCCUCUUCGGAUAGAGGUGAAUAUAUGCCAGUCGGUCGUGACAAUGGGCAGGGUUUAAGUAGAUGAAAUAUAGAUAUGUGUGUAGAUGGUCUCUACGAGUGAAUCUGGGCUUUGAUUCGGACUUUGGCGUCGCUAACGGUGUUUUUGGAUACUCCGACGGCGGCGUUUGAAAUAUGUGUCUCAUAUCUUUAGAUUUCACUUGGCCUUGGAACUUUGAUAUUCACGACGGAUAUUAGAAACGGGAUACGCGCAUCCUGGCAUCAACACCUAUAUGUUGAAUGCCGAGCUAAGUAUGGAUGGCGAGGGAAAGCCAUAUAUAUUCGUCUAAUUUUUUAAAAUACCCUGUAGACCAAAGCCGAACGCCCCAAGCCAUUUUUUGGUGUUCCCCCCAUCAA